GACAAAUGCGCAGGUUUACCCAUAUUGCCGGUUGACAAUAUUGGUGAAGGCUGCAAGAAUGCAGUAGAAGCGUCCUCUGCUAAGAUUAGUGUACAAGAGUUGUCUAUAUAAAGCCAGACUUACAUUAUAGCAAGUAAGUCGUCUAGCUCGGUAAACGACAGGUAAAUACUGUAGAACAGGGGUGUCGUUGUUCUCACCCAGCUGAACUGUUCAAAACUGGACUGGAGGUGUUAAGCAUAAAGAAAUAAGGACUGAACAUGUCUGUGGUGGGCAUUGAUGUGGGUUUCCAGAACUGUUACAUCGCUGUUGCCAGGAGCGGUGGCAUUGAAACCAUUGCAAAUGAAUACAGUGACAGAUGCACUCCAGCAUGCAUUUCACUGGCAUCUAAAAACCGGACCGUUGGAAAUGCUGCCAAGAGUCAGAUCGUAACUAACUUUAAGAACACGGUUCAUGGCUUUAAGAAGUUUCAUGGUCGAGCAUAUGAUGACCCAUACAUUCAAAGAGAAAAAUCCAAGUUGCCUUACAGCCUUCACAAACUGGACAAUGGCAGCACUGGAAUAAAGGUACGUUAUUUGAAUGAAGAGAAGGUGUUCACCAUUGAGCAGAUGACAGCAAUGCUACUCACCAAGCUGAAAGAAACUUCUGAGCAUGCGUUGAAGAAGCCUGUGGUGGACUGCGUGGUAUCUGUCCCCAGCUUCUUCACUGAUGUGGAAAGAAGAUCUUUAAUAGAUGCCACUCACAUUGCUGGACUGAACUGUUUGAGACUGAUCAAUGACACAACAGCAGUGGCCUUGGCCUAUGGGAUCUAUAAACAGGACCUGCCAAACCCAGAGGAGAAGCCUCGCAAUGUCGUGUUUGUUGACAUUGGGCAUUCAUCUUAUCAAGUUUCCAUUGCCUCCUUUAACAAGGGGAAGUUGAAGGUGCUGGCUACAGCAUUUGACCCGUAUUUGGGCGGACGCAAUUUUGACGAAAUGCUCGUGGAAUAUUUCUGCGAUGACUUCAAAAAACGCUUCAAACUAAAUGUUAAAGACAACCCAAGGGCCCUGCUGAGGCUCUAUCAAGAGUGUGAGAAGCUGAAGAAGCUCAUGAGUGCAAACUCCUCUGACCUGCCUCUCAACAUUGAGUGCUUCAUGAAUGACAUAGAUGUGCAUGGGAAAAUGAACAGGCCUCAGUUUGAAGAGAUGUGUGCUCAGUUAUUGAUACGAGUGGACGCGCCAUUAAAAUCGGUCAUGGAACAAUCAAAGCUUAGCAGAGAUGAGAUCUAUGCUAUUGAGGUGGUUGGCGGAGCUACCAGGAUUCCAGCCAUCAAAGAGAGAAUCUCAAAGUAUUUCGGUAAAGACAUCAGUACCACACUGAACGCCGAUGAGGCUGUGGCACGUGGAUGUGCACUGCAGUGCGCAAUCCUUUCUCCAGCCUUCAAAGUCAGAGAGUUCUCCAUUACAGAUGCCGUUCCCUUCCCGAUUACUCUUCGCUGGAAGUCUCAAACAGAUGAAAGUGUUGGUGAAUGUGAGGUGUACAGUAAGAACCAUGCUUCACCUUUCUCCAAAGUCAUCACCUUCCACAAAAAGGAACCUUUUGACCUGGAGGCGUUCUAUAGCUCUCCACAUGAGCUGCCCUAUCCUGACACCAGGAUAGGUCGUUUUACUGUCCAGAAUGUUGUACCGCAACCUGAUGGUGACAGUUCAAAAGUCAAGGUUAAAGUGCGCGUGAAUGUGCAUGGCAUCUUCAGCGUGUCAAGCGCUUCUCUGAUAGAGAAGCAGAAAGGAGAGGCAGAUGAUGUGCAGAUGGAGACAGAUCCUACUGUACAGAAUGAGGGCCAGCCUGAAGAUCAGAGUAAAAUGCAAGUGGAUCAGGAAGGGAAAGGGGAAAAUAACACUGAUGAGGAAAGAAUGAAUAACUCUGGCAAUAAGGAUGGUACAUCUUCUGAUAAGCAAGAACAAGGUGCAGGCAGUAGCAAACCCAAAACUAAAGUUAAGAGUGUUGAUCUGCCCAUCUUGGCCAGCACCACCAGACAGCUGGGUGGAGAUGUGCUGAAUAACUUUACUGAAUAUGAGAAAAAAAUGAUAAUUCAGGACAAGCUGGAGAAGGAGAGGAAUGAUGCUAAAAAUGGAGUAGAGGAAUAUGUUUAUGAUCUGAGAGACAAACUCUGCGGCAUCUAUGAGAAAUAUGUCACUGGAGAUGAAAGCAACCGUCUCACACGUAUGCUUGAGGACACAGAAAACUGGCUGUAUGAAGAAGGAGAAGACCAGGAGAAAGAAAUUUAUCAGAGCAAACUGUCUGAGCUCAAAAAGUUUGGUGAGCCCAUUGAGGAACGGUACAGAGAGCAUGAGGGCAGACCUAGAGCAUUUGAUGAGCUAGGCAAGAAAUUGCAGCUGUUUAUGAAGACUGUCGAUGUGUAUAAACAAAAGCAGGAUGAGCGCUACCAGCAUUUGAGCGCUGAGGAGAUGGGUAUAGUUGAGAGAAGUGUGAAUGAAGCCUACGAAUGGAUGAAUGCAAGGAUGAUCGCCCAGAGCAAACUCAAAAUUGCUCAAGACCCAGCAGUCAAAGUAGCAGACAUCAUUCAAAAGAUUCAGGAGUUAGAGGAGGUUUGCAACCCUGUGCUCAACCGACCCAAACCCAAAACCGAGGAGCCUGUAGAAGAGGGGGACAAAAACAACGGCGCACAUAACGGCCCCUCGGCACAAGAAGGUGCUGAAAGUAAAGGCAAUCAGCAGACAAAACAUCCGUCUGGAGAGAUGGAAGUGGACUGAGCUCGUGCACUUCUCAAUUGCUGCCACUCUUACUCAAGCCACUAUUAAACUUUUUCAGCUUACACUGAAUCAAUAACUGGAACCAUUCUCUUUGUGUCCACCAUUCAGUUGGCUAUAUUUGUGCAUCUGUUUGUUAACGUCUGCUCUUCUGUUGGGUUUUCUCUUGUACCUAUUAAGGGAUCAGAUCAGGCUGUCCUUUGAAUGAUACAGCUAUAUUUUCAACUCAGUUUGGGAUUGUAUGUUCAUGUAGGAUCAUAUAAAGUAGAUGUAGUUAGCUGAAGCAACUCUUAAUAAAACCGUAUCCCUGAAAUAAUGUGACACCUGCAUUUUGGGAGACCCAAA